GGGAGGAAGAACUUUCGAGAUACUAGUUUUCCUAUAAAUGCCAACACCCUUAGCCUUCUUUUUCGUUACAUAACCUGUUAUUGAGUGUAAUUUACAUCCAAGGUUUGCUCUUUAAUUCCACUUCACAAACAAUGCCAAGCAGAUCUACAGGUGUAAUUUCACAGGACUGGGAUCCUGUAGUGCUACGCAAGUCCAAAACCAAAGCCCAAGACCUACGUGACCCCAAGGCUGUGAACCAGGCUCUCCGAUCAGGUGCACCGGUCCAAACCAUCAAAAAAUUUGAUGGAGGCGCUAACAAGAAAGCAGCAGCAGGGCCGGUUGUGAACGCGAAGAAGCUGGACGAAGGGACUGAGCCUGCGGCUCUGGACAGGGUGGCCCCGGAAGUAAGGCAAGCUAUACAGAAAGCGCGGCUCGAAAAGAAGAUGAGUCAAGCUGAGCUUGCUAAGUUGAUCAAUGAACAGCCUAAGGUGGUUCAGGAGUAUGAAAAUGGGAAAGCGGUUCCUAAUAAGGCUAUUCUAGCCAAGAUGGAGAAAGUUCUCGGUGUUAAAUUAAGGGGAAAGAUUGGCAAGUAACUAAUUUAAGUACCGUUAUGUGAAUUUUUGAACAUAUAUAUGUAAUAUAUUUUGUUUCUUGUGGUUGUAAGCUGGCUCUGUUUUCUUUUUCUUUCUCUUUUUGAGAAGAAUUUGUCUUUUCCUUUCUUGUUUCUUGAAUUAAAGAAUUAGAUGGUAGUUAUGGAAUCUACUUCAUUACUAAAAUCUAAGUUUUCUUGAA